UUUUUUUUUUUUUCUUUUUUUUUAAAUUUUUAUUUCCUGUUUCAACUCUUUUUUAAAUAUAUAUAACUUUCUUGAUUAGUAAAGAUGACAUGUAAUGUUGAUGAUGUACCUAAUGGCUCUAUGCUUCAAGUGGAUUCCCCAGAGCCUACUUUACUCAAAGUAGAAGUAUUAGAUCCCAAACGUAAUUAUCAAACUCAGUCUUGGAAGAAUGGUCUUGGUAAAACGUCUGAAAUAAGUAUUUACCCCCCAGAAAAAGAUUUUCGUAAAGACUCCUUCUUUUGGAGAUUAAGUGAGAAUUUUAUUGAAGCGGAUUUUAAUUAUCCAAUUUUAUUGGGUUAUGAAUAUACAAACUUGGUCUUACCUAGUGGUGAUCAUAGUAAAAGCACUAUUCAACUGAAUCAUCGUGGUGAAGAGACGUCUACAACCGUUACACCUCUUUUUCCUUAUUCAUGGAAUGCAGAAUGGGCAACAAGUUGUAAAGUAAUAGAUGCACCAUUAACAUGCUUACAGUUUUUAAUUAAACGUGAAUUGGGAGCAGCACAAUUUUCGGUGGACAAGUUGGAGCAACUUGUAUCAAAUGAAGAUGGAGAAACAGGAAGAAAAUUAGUAUUGGGUGCUUUCGCUUUAGUUUAUGUGAUAGAAGGUCAUAUUAGGGUAGGUUUAGAUGAAAAUAGUCCGCAAGGUGCUCAUCAUGCUUUGUCUACUGGGCAAACUUUAUAUGUGGAACGUGAUGAAGAUGCUUCUCCAACAAGUAUGACCAUUCAGGUAACAGACGCUUCAGGUGGCGUGGGUAAUCAUGAUCAAGACGCAACUAUCGUGAUCAUUCAAAUAACAGAAACAAAAAAAAAUGGUGCACCUUCUACACUUGGCACAAAUACAUCUGACUAUGGGGGAGUUCAGUCUAAUACGAUCAAUAAUAAUCAAUUUACUUCAUUAAACGCUUUAACACCCAUAAAUGCUUCAGAUACAACAACGACGUCUACUCUUGAUAACAUAAAUAUUUCACCGAUACAACACAAUUAUAUAACGGAGGAUGCACCAAGUCGUCGUCGAGAACCACGUCGUAAGGGCUCAUUGGUUGUUUAUGAUGAUCAGCCCUUUUGGAAUCUUCCUCAAGAUGUAGCAAAACAAAUGGUGGAUCAAGAAAUGAGUGCCUCAGCUUCAGCUAUUCCUAUUUCUUCAGAUAAUAUUGGUGGUGAGUUGGCUACAACUUUAAAACGUGACUCGACGGGGGAUGUCACGAGGCCUGAGGUAGGUAGACGUAAUAGUAUAGCCAUGUUACGCGAUAAAUUAGAUGCUACACAAAUCUACAAACCUCCCAAAUUCUCUGAUCUUAAUCAAGACACCGAUGUUCCUCCUCCAGUUGUCAGAGAUCGGUUAGUUGUCGAAGAUUUCCCAAAACAUACCAUGAGUACAGUUUGGAUUAAAAUGGUCAAGCAAGGUCUUAGUGAAUGGAUUCGUCUCCCUGUUAUCGUAUGUCGUGGUAGUGAAGAUGGCCCCGUCGUAGGCAUCACAGCUGCCGUCCACGGUAACGAGCUCAAUGGUGUCCCCUGUAUUCAUCGUGUGGUAUCUGAGAUUGACGUCCGACAUUUACGUGGUACCGUGGUCGCUGUCCCCUGUGUGAAUGUGUCAGGUUAUCUCAAGUUUACGCGUGAUUUCGCUGAUGGUCGUGAUCUAAACCGUCUCUUCCCUGGACGUGAAGAUGGUUUCGCCUCUCAAGUUUAUUGUUAUCAACUGAUGAAUCGUGUCAUUUCUCAAUUUAAUUAUUUGAUUGAUCUUCAUACUGCAAGUUUUGGACGUGUCAAUUCAUAUUAUGUAAGAGCAGACAUGAAUGAUCCCUUCUCUGCUACAAUGGCGAGAUUACAACAACCUCAAAUCGUUUUGCAUAAUUCAGGACAAGAUGGUACACUUCGAUCUGCUGCCUCUGCUAGAGGUAUUCGAGCAAUUACAGUUGAAAUUGGAAACCCACAAUUAUUUCAAAGUCAAUAUGUUCAGUGGUCUUAUGUAGGCGUUAUGCGUAUUUUAGAUCAUUUAAAGAUGUAUACUUUAAAUUCACAGUCAACAGAAGAUAUUUUGGCUUUGGGUCCACCUAAUACAAUUCUUUGCUCAAAAGGAUUUUGGAUUUAUACUAGAACAGGAGGUGUCUUGGAAGUAUAUCCUGGUGUAAAUACAAUUAUUCAAAAAAAUGAUUUAAUUGCACGUAUCAAGAAUAUUUUUGGUAAUGUUGUAGAUGAAUAUUAUGCACCUUGUAGUGGCAUUGUAAUCGGUCGUAGCUCUAAUCCUGUAGCUAUGUCAGGUGAUCGUAUCAUUCAUUUGGGCGUAAUUAAAAAGAAAAAUGAAAGUUUGCCCAAAGAAGCUAAAGAAAAUUAUUAAAUGGAUGAUUUUAUUUAUUAAAAAUACACGAAUAAAUUUACAUAUAGAUGUAAUUAAAGUUAUUAUACUAUGCUAAAAAUACACAAGGAAAAAAA